AGUCACUCUUCUCUGGCCAGUUCCUAUUUCUUUUCCAUAGAUACAAUGCACAGUAGAGGUGAGCUAAUGCCAUGGAAUGGAGGAAUCAGAGCGGACCAGUGACUGAGUUUGUGCUGCUGGGCUUCCCUGCACCAGCCCCUGUGAGGGCACUGCUAUUUUCACUAUCUUUGCUGGCUUACUUGCUGGUGCUGACUGAGAAUUCCCUUAUUAUAAUAGCUGUGAAGAGCCACAGCACCCUCCACAAGCCCAUGUACUUUUUCUUGGCCAAUAUGUCCUUCCUUGAGAACUGGUAUGUCACAGUAACCAUCCCCAAGAUGCUGGCUGGCUUUGCCACAGGGGAGUCAGGGGCUGGGCAGCGCAUCUCGUUCUCAGGCUGCAUGACACAGCUGUACUUCUUUCUGGGCCUUGGUUGCACUGAGUGUGUUCUCUUAGCAGUCAUGGCCUACGAUCGUUAUGUGGCUAUCUGUCACCCUCUCCGCUACCCGGUCAUUGUCAGUGGUAGGCUCUGCGUCCAUUUGGCAGCUGGAUCCUGGGCUGGAGGCUUUGGUAUUUCCAUGGUCAAAGUUUUUCUCAUCUCCCGCCUCUCCUACUGUGGCCCUAACCUCAUUAAUCAUUUCUUCUGUGAUGUUUCACCACUACUUAACCUCUCAUGUACAGAUAUGUCCACAGCUGAGCUCACUGAUUUUGUGCUGGCUAUCUUCAUCCUUUUGGGUCCUCUCUCUGUCACUGGGGCCUCCUAUGUUGCCAUCGCAGGGGCUGUGAUGCGUAUUCCUUCAGCUACUGGCCGCCAAAAAGCCUUCUCCACCUGUGCCUCCCACCUCACUGUGGUCAUCAUAUUCUAUGCAGCCAGCAUCUUCAUCUAUGCCCGGCCCAAGGCAUUAUCAGCUUUUGAUACCAACAAGCUGGUCUCUGUGCUCUAUGCUGUCAUUGUGCCUCUACUCAAUCCCAUAAUUUACUGUUUGCGUAACCGGGAGGUCAAGCAGGCCCUGAGCCAGACCUUGCAUCUUCACCACAACUGGGGAGAAAGUUCCAGAAAAUCUGGCAGGUAAAGCAAGGAAUAAGAUAGAGGGAGAUGAUCAGGGCAUGUAUAUAGCUGCUCUCUAUAAUAGUCAAUGAAGCCAAAAGCUGAGAAUAAGUGCCCUACUAUUGACAAAAGCCUCCUAAGUACCAUGGAAUAAAUGAGAAAAUUCAUGGAGGCAAGAUGCUUGCCCAAAUUCAAGCCUGGGUGUCUAUAGUCUAGGGCUAUGAAAGCCUGCAUGGAGGCAGUUUAGUGGUAUUUCCCAUAAGACCACUGAAAUGUUGUUUGUUGAAUGGGCUGUGUCCUGGUAGAAGAAUAAGGGCAAAGGAAAGAAUGAGCAGGAAAGAAUGACUAUAUUAGAACAUCCAUGCUUUUAAAUAGCUCUUCUAAAAGAAUUUCUAUUCCUAUGACUAUCUGUAUCCUUUUUUCAAUAUAAGGGAAGUUGGAAGGAGAGAAUUUCUUGGAAAGGGGUUAAUAUAAGGCAACAUUAUGGGGAAAAUUUAAGAAAAAAUGCACAACCCAUGUUUAAGAAAUUAAAAUUUACAGUAAUAACUACCAAUUUCAUGUCCAGAACAAAUGCCAAGAAACCUGUCUUCAAAUCAGUUGUAUGCAUGUAUGUAUAUAUAUAUGCAUAUAUAUAUAACAUAUAGACAUAAUAUGUCUCUAUGUGUAUAACAUAAAGAAUCUGAACCAACUUAAAGAUACUCCUAAAAACCUACUAUUAGGAGUAGGGCAGAGCAGGUCAGGUUGUGAAGGAAUUUAUUUGGAAAGAAAGGAAGAAGCCACUAUAGAAUAACUAACUAUUUGUUAUAACCAGUUGCUAAACUUGGUUGUUUCUAUGCUUCUAAAGAAAUGAAAAUGCAGAAGAUGCACUGUGGGAAGAUGGUAGAGUAAGGCAUGAAGCUUUCUUACCUUCAUAAAACCCUCCACAAACAACCAAAAGUAACUUCAUAAAAUCAAAAUUAAAAGCAGCAAAAACAGAUAGUAGUCAACAGUGAAGCUGCCAAGGACAACUAGGAAAGAAGGUUUCUGACUUUCUUGGCCUCAGUACCACCACAGUUGCCCUUGGGGGUCAGGAACAGAGAAACAGAGAGAAUCCACAAAGCAGCACUGGAGGACAGGAUUAGCAGCCUGAUCCUGUUUGCUGAGCCUGAGGAACCCACAUCCCCAAGGUUACCACUGGAAUCUGAAUUCACAUGCUGAGGACCUGUGUCUAUGGUAGCCUUAGCUCCACUUCAGAAUCUCUAGCUGGCUAACAGUUGGGGACUGAAGGAAGGGAUACAUCAGAGUUAGCAGGUUCCAGGUCCUAAGGGCAGGAAUUCUAGCUUCUUUGCUAAAAAAUGAGGGACUUUGGAGACAUGAGAAAUGCAGACUAGGGCAAUGGUAGGAGAGGAUUGAAAAGGAGCACACAUUAGUGAGUAUGGUUGCCAAGGGAUUGGGGCUCCAUUAGCUGUACUCAUUCCCAGAACAGUGGAAUCCCUGGUUGUUGCCACAAGAGAAUGUGGGCUGACUGCUUGUAUUUGUAUUAGCAGAACUGCCUGAAGGCUCUUUGGAGUACCUGAGGUCAAUCACAGAUUAGGUACUGAGCAGGGGACUAGGAGUACAUCAGGACCACAAAAAUGGCAAUAACCAAAUACAAUCCAGGAAAAAAACAAAUAAAAAAUCCUAAAACCUAAAAUAAUAUACAUCAACCCAAUAGGAAUCCUGGGACUCCAGAAAAAAUCCAAUAAUUAAGCCUAUUUGUCUGGUCACUAAAAUUUAAAAUAAAUGAAUAAAAAUGAACUAGAAAAGAAGAAAGGACCCAACUAUCAAUAGCUAUUGUGGAGACAAAGAAGAUUUUGUCUCAAAUUCAGAGAAGAAUGAAGUAAAACCACCUAUUUCAAAAACAGCAAAGAAAUAAAAUAAAUGACCACAAGUUCAAAAAAAGUCUUUGGAAGAGAUUAAAAAACCAAAUGAGAGAGGUAGAGGAAAUAUUAGAGCAAAGCAAGAAA